CUCCUAAAUGAAUCGAUGAUUAAAGCACAGCUUCACGUGAAAUUAGAAGAGACUGCGAUUCGAUAAUGCUAAUUUCCGAGGGGCUCCUGACGGCAGCAUCAAUCUCCUGGCUCCUGGGUGUGAGCAGUUCAAUCUACAGACUGAAGAAGGAACAUCUCAACGUGAGUCCGGCUGUCAUCUGUCACCUCGUUUGAAAACUCCUUCUCCACCGGACGGGACGACAAUGGGAAGCUGUCCGAGCUAGUUUUCUGAAGAGGACACACAUUCAAAGGGGGGGGGGGGGAAGCUGUGGUAAAAUCGCAGGUCGAGUCUUCAGUCACACCGUUCACCUUAGGAGAAGGACCAGGAGCACAGUGGAGAUGCAGACGUUCCUGAAAGGCCGGAGAGUCGGCUACUGGCUCAGCGAGAAGAAGAUGAAGAAGCUGAAUUUUCAAGCAUUUGCUGAUCUCUGCAGGAAAAGAGGAAUAGAAGUUGUUCAGCUGGACCUCAGCCAGCCUCUGGAGGAGCAGGGUCCUCUGGACGUUAUCAUCCACAAACUGACUGACCUCAUCCUGGAGGCUGACCAGAAUGACUCUCAGGCUGUGCUGCUGGUGCAAAGAGUACAGGACUACAUCGAUGCCCACCCUGAGACCAUCGUCCUGGACCCCCUCCCAGCCAUCCGAACCCUGCUGGACCGCUGCAAGUCCUACCAACUCAUCCACAGGAUAGAGAGCUGUAUGCAAGAUGUAAGGAUUUGCUCUCCUCCAUUCAUGGUCCUGAACACAGAGUGCAGCCCAGAUGUGCUGGAGCAUAUCAAGAGGCAAGGACUCACAUUCCCCUUCAUUUGCAAAACACGGGUGGCUCAUGGAACCAACUCCCAUGAGAUGGCCAUAAUCUUCAGUGAAGAGGACCUGAAGGACGUGAAGCCUCCUUGUGUGAUCCAGAGCUUCAUCAACCACAACGCAGUGCUCUACAAGGUGUUUGUGGUCGGAGACUCUUACACCGUGGUGGAGAGACCUUCACUGAAGAACUUCCCUGCUGGACCGGCAGACAGGAAAGCAAUUUUCUUCAACAGCCACAAUGUUUCAAAACCAGAGUCGUCCUCCGACUUGACCACGAGAGAGAACGUAGAGGGAGUAUCUCAGCCACCCAGCGAUGACGUCAUCAGGGAGUUGUCCAGGUCAUUGCGGCAGGCGCUGGGCGUGUCCCUGUUUGGCAUCGACGUCAUCAUCAACAACCAAACGGGCCAACAUGCCGUCAUUGACAUCAAUGCAUUCCCUGGUUAUGAGGGCGUCCCGGAGUUUUUCAAUGACCUCCUGAACCACAUCACCAGCGUGCUUCAGAGCCACAACCCAGACUUCGCCCCCGCCAGCGAGCAGCCCAAUAGCCUGCCGGUGAGCACCACGGUACCCAACGCCGCCCCGCCGCCGGCCCCCGGCUGCUGCAGCAUGCUGGGAAAAGAGGCCAGCGGCAGCCCCUGGAUCGUAGAGGGCGACGGCGGGCUGAAGGGCCCCCGUCAGAGACUGGGCUGCAACUCCGCCAUGUCCCCCAACUUCCAGCAGCACUGUGUCUCCACAAUAGCUACCAAGGCUUCCUCCCAGUGACUGAUUCCCUGCCCCCACUCCGUUUGAUCCCAGAACAAAAAAAAACGGAUGACAAUGGUGACAAUAAUAAUGAAUAAUAAUCAUAAUAAUUAUGAUGUUAAUGAUGAUAAUAUAUCUAAUCAAAAAACAAACCUUUUCCGAUAUAGUUAUUGAAAAUGAUGGUGAUUGAGUGUACGCUUUUUUCUCUCUGCCUUUUUGUAUUUUUUGUUUUGUCUACUGAGGUUUAACAGUACUGUAAUGUGAACUUUUGGGAACUUUUGCCUAAUAGCUGAUUUUAUUUUUCUCUCUUGUGUGAGUUCUCUGUAAUGAAAGGGUCCAGAUGAGGGAGCUAAUGGCAAUGGCUGAAUCAGGACUGGAGAAAGAUGUGCCACUAGACGUGCAAUGUAUGAUCCCUUGUAUCUCUCACACACACACGCACACAUUAACGCACUCACACAUACACAUAGGUACGUUUACAUUGCGACGGACCGUGCCAGUGAUGUGUGUUUGUAUUCUGAUCAAUACCACUGACUCCUCUGCACAAAGUGACGGGAAGAGCCGGUGGCUGGGCAUUUGAACACUACUCCACUGAUCCCGGGCUGCUAUGUGAGCGUGGCCAACUGACGUCGGCAGAGGACAUAAAAGAGUCUGAACAUGAAUGACGAGAUAGUUUUGGGGUUUUGUUAGUUUACACAAACGGGUAAGUCGUAUACUUCUCCGAGUGCCAUCAAAUUUACUUCAAGUGUAGGAAGGUUCAAAGAAGGAAGUAAAUCUCCAUGACCAUGUGACCAAGUUUUAUUUUUUGAUUGUCGCACCAAUGUUUGUCGGUCUUUGGGUGUUUUACCGUAUGUCAGAUAUCGGGUGUUCAACAAACAAACCGCGUUCUUGUUAGAGUACCAGUCUUGAGUUGCUCCGGUGCAGGAAGACGAGGAUCACAUUCCUUUUCCCGCUUGUGGUUUUCAGAGAAUUCCGUAAUGUUUCAUAAUUCCAGUGGGAUCUUGUGAGAUUCCUCUCAUCACUUCGUGGGUUUGUAAUCUCUGUAAACGGACACAGUUCUCCACAUGUCUCCAAUGCUUGUAUCUAAUGUGAGCAAACUACUCUCCUGAAGCCAACUUGACCUGUCAAAAAAACAAAAAAAACGUGGGGCUGCUGUGUUAAUAAGAUAAUUGUUAAUCAAAGAAUCAAUUAUUCCACUAAAAUCAAGGUAAAAUGUGUCUUUGAAUAUCUAAUUAUUGGGUAUUAUUUUGAUAUCAUUAAAUGACAAUUCUAGCUGAUUAAGGAAUUUGUUUAGCUUUGUUGUGUCUAUCAUUUGAUUUAGUUUCACUCUAACAGCACUUUCUUACAAAAUGUAGUGAAGAAACCUUCAGUCCAGUCGGUUCAUUUGCUUCAUGCUUAAAUUCUCUGACCCGUCUCCUGUUCCAGCUGCUGUAUUUGUGUCGGAUGUUCAAAUCAUUCUGAGGGGAAGUGAGGGAGAGACGGUGCGGAUCUUGUUCCCAAUGUUCACUGUGAGAUUUUUUUUUUACUCCAAUUUUGUUAAUAUCUUUGUCCUGAUAUCUACUAAGAGCAACUUUAUUUUAUUGAGAUUUUAUGGGGAAAAGGUUUUAUAUAAAUGAAAUGAAAGCACUGGGAUGUUUUUGAACAAACGGUGGAUAUUUUACUAGAGGUAUAGUAAAAUGCUGGGUCGGGUUGUACCGGUGGUGUCAAAGGCACAGAUAGGCUCGUGGUUGAAUGCUGUUGUCUCCCUCUAGCAUCUAGUGGGAAGGAGUGCCAACCUGCAGAUGUUUGCGUUCCCCUGAGCCUGCUUCUUCUCUUGUCCCAGAGAGCUCCUUCCAGCUGUUUCCUUUCCUCCAUCAGUAUCCGAGGGAGCCAGCCGACUGUCCUCUUGCUCGCCCUGUGAUCCUAAAUGAUAGUGUCAGCGCAGCCAUCUCACCAGCAUCUCUCUGGGACAAAAGAAUACCAGCGGUGUUCUGAAAGUUGGCCUUCACUGAACACAUUGUGAGAAAUAUUCCCACAAUGCAGUUGGUUGUCCCUGUCUUAAUCUCCCACAACUUGAGCGUGUUGUGAAGCAACUGUAAAAGGUAAUGCAGCAGAUUCAGGGGAACUUUUCACAUCCUUCCCCCCCAGAUUCAUCAUCUAGAAGAAGGGGCGACGCUUUGAGCGCGCGUCCCUGUUAAGGCUGGAAAGGCUGAUAUCUGUGUACGCCACUAUAUCUUGUGUCCUAUGUUGUGUUCCUUAUUGUGCUUCUAAAUGGGAAAUAAAUGGUUAAUCCUA